CACCCGACACACCUGCAGCUCCCUCAGUAUACUACAUUUGACGGCAUUACGACAGUAUAUACCCCUCCACACUAUCUCUACUCCCCCAAUACCGUCAAGUUGGCGCGACUCAAAGAAUCGCCGGUCCCGAUGGACCCGCCAUCGCCCACCAAGCUGGCCAUGUCGCCUGGCAUGCCCAUCUUCCCGGUCAGCCCGGAGCGCGUCGCAGGCACAAAACCGCCAUAUGGCGAGCCUGUACCAAUGUCGCCUUCAGCGCCCAACUUGCGCUCCUACUCGCCGCUACGGAACGGGCAUCGCCGGAACGAUUCAGACGUCUCGGUACAGGGUCUUGCUGUCAUGUUCGAAAACCUCGAGGUUAAGGACCCUCGGGAAGCAAGCAAGCGAUUCAGGGAGGCGCUGGAAAAAGAGAAGACGAGGAACACAGAAAAGCUUAUAAAAAUGGAGAGAGAGCAUGCUAAACGAGAGAAGGACCAUGAGUUGGCGUUGAGCCGACGUGACGUGCGCAUCGAUGAGCUGCAAAGCAAACUUGAAGAAACAGAGCAGCGCAAUGAGGUGGGCGUCACAAAGGCACAGUAUGAAAAGGAGCGCAAAGCACACAAGGCCAACGUCGCUCAAUGGGAGAAGGUGUUCAAGCAAAACGAAGACAAAUGGCGGAGUACACAGGCUAAACUGAUCGAAUCCGAGGUCCAUUGCCAGGCUUACGAAGGAAAGUACCGUGAAUACAAAAAGAAGUGGAUGGAUGCCAACAAGGAGAACUUGAGGGCAACGAGCAUGAUCCCAACAUUGCAGACCAAGAUCCAGGGUCUGCAACGCAAUGUACAGCGCGCCGAAUCUGACGUCAAGUUCAAGACCGAGGAGGCGGCCAAAUACCAGAACCAGGUAUACAGCCUACAGGUAGAGCUCGAGGGUGUCAACGCCCGAUUGGGCGAGGAGGUUCAGACUCUAAAAGACAAGCUGAGUCUAAUCGAGGGAGAACGCGAUGCUCUGAGGACUAGUCUCAAGGAAGAGGAAGUUAUGCGCGUUGCCGGCGAGGGCCAUAUCGCGCUUCCGGCUGCAGGCAUCGACGAGGAUGAUGAGUUUGGGUCCCCACCUCCAUCCCCACGCAAGCAGUACACUUUCCAGCGCAUGGAUGACGAUAAGGAGAACGUUUCGCCAAGGAAGGGAGCGGUCGAGCUCCGCUUCAUUCAGCAGGAGCUGGCAACCGAGAGACGUCUCCGUGAACGGGCCCAGGACCAAAUCGACUUCAUGAAGAUGGAGUGCCAGUUCCAGUGCUGCUCUUGUCGUAUCGCUGAGAACAAGGGCCAAAAAUACAUUCAUGACAACGUGUAUGCGACCGAGAUGCAGCUAAUAAAGAUGUCUGUCCCGGCAUUCACACCUCCGGCGAGCAACCAAGGCGACGACCAGAUGGACAUCAUAGUCAUCAAACAAGAACCUAUCGAUGAUGAGCGCCCUAUGACACCACCAUCGGAGCCAUCGAUGAGACAAGAGCAAGACCUUGACAAUACCGAACAAACAGACAAUGACACCGUUAUGGCUAAUUCGCAGGCCAAUGAUCCUGAGGCGACAGUCACCUUCUCACCAUCUACAGGCACAUUCCGAUCUAUUCCGUCACCUGUUAAGGCUAUUACAUCCCCACAUGGCUUGAUGCUUGCAAAGCCACCAUGCCUAAGCUUCUCUGCUGUCACGGAAAUGACAACUGAGUCCUCGUCCUGGACUCCAGAUGCGCACAGCACAGUGACCCCGAAUGAAGUUGUCCUUUCGCCAGCCUUCCAACCGGAACCACGAGCAGAACUGAUUCAGAGCCAUCGCAAGGAGACCAAAGCCGUGGAUAUUAGCAUUCACGAGGAUGCUAUUGAAGACACCGACGAGGAGGACUUCGAGCCACCAACACCAUUCCAUGAGCCUUCCGGUCCUGCUACACCUUAUCUCACACGAACUAUCACGACAACGACCACCAUUCCUCUACACUUCUCGCCUGCGACUCCAGCCUUCAAGCCAGGAAGAGGCCCCAUGACGCCUUCUACUGUAGCUCAUGCAGCAGAGGACGCACGCACACCCGUCUUGGGCGAGCUGUCGCUUAAUAAGCUACCGUUUGACCGAGAAGCCGCGCUCGAGGCAAUUCGGGAGCGACGAGGUCGCGCACGAAGCAUGGCCGCCGGACAUGGCACUCCGAUGAAACAAAUGGUGGAGGGGGUUAAGGAGCGAAGGGAUAUUAGCGCCCCAGUGUCAAGGGUACGACGGUGAUCACGAGAGAUGUUUGUGAAGCUUUUUCUGAUGUUGUAGUGCUAACGGGAAGUAGCGCGACUCGUGAAAGCUGUUGAUUCUUUUGCAUUCAAUUUUAGGUUGCGCUUAGCGCUUUGCACGGAGUUGGAGGCCUGUCGCUUUCUGGGUUCUGCAUUGGUGUUGGACAAAAUGUUUGGUUGUUUGGAUAGUCCGCGAUUAAGCCAGAUACCACGGUCAUACCCGGCGUUGGAUGUUUUAGCAUAGUAUUAAUCGAUUGACUUCAUGUGCCAU